AAGAACAGUAGGUGACGUCAUCAGACAACACAACGCGUCAGACAUGGCCACCGGGGUGGACCAGGCUGUGGGCUCCAGUCUGGUGAUCUUCAGCCUCCUGCUCUUCACCUACUACUCCGUCUGGGUCAUCGUCCUGCCUUUCGUGGACAGUGAUCAUGUUUUGCAGAAGUAUUUCCUUCCUCGGGAGUAUUCGGUCAUCCUGCCUGGGAUCGCAGCUGUAGUCCUGCUCCUCUGUGUCGGAGCCUUCAUCGCAAUAAUCAUGUGGAAAAAUCGGAAACCAAAGAAAGUGGACUAACCUGAGGACGUUUGAGACAGAUUUAAAUACUUGAAAACAGCAUCUGUGGAGGCUCCGCCCACAGAAGACCUGCUCCAUCCUCCACGCUGAUGAACGACCAACAACCCGAAGACGCUGAUGCUCACAAAGUCAGAUUUGUUAUAGAGAGAUUUAUUUUAUAUUUUCACUUUAGAGGUGAUGAGUCGGGAUCAGCUUCUGUCUUUUGAAGCCAGUUUAGUCCUUGAUGCUGCCCCCUGCUGGUUCAAGUGAGACUUCUUAUUUCUUAACGAUAAAAUAAAGAACGUUAAGAUCCCAGCGUGAACUGUGUAAAUACUGAGACAUAUCGUAACCGAGUCAGAUUUUAUUGUGCGUAAACGUGAAGACAGGAACGUUCUCAAUAAAAUGUUGAUGCUG